CUUUGCGCAUGCGCGGUGAUCUGCAGAGGGUAGCGCGCAGCGCAGCAACAACAAGCCGACAAACAGGCGCUACGAGGCGGCCGUUAUCCCGCUGAGUGCCUGCUGUUCGGUCCGGAGGACGAGAGGCCGCCGAGCGGACAGUUUCCGCACUAAGAGCGACCGUCAGAGCGUGAAGGAGGCAGAUAUCGUCCCGCUGGACCGUCAGCGAGUUCAGGGAAAAUGGAGGUCUGGGACUGAAACACCAUCCGGAUCAGCCGCUGGAGUCGGAACCGCCGCCCGCUCCGUCCCGUCAGCCGGUUCUGAUGGAGCUUUCGGGACUGUUCGAGGUGCUGCUCAAACCCACCAGCUAGCCAGCACUCAGCCAGUUCGGGGAACCCGGUCCGAUACCGGCAAGUGCCCGGUUCUGUUAGCACGCAGCGGCUAACGGGUCGGUGCACAGAACAGCCCGGGUUGCUAACAGAUAGCUUCAGGCUAACUCCUUAACAGAUAGCGGCAGCAGAGCUAAUGCCAUGGUGGCAGAACCAGCUGCUGUUCUGGUGGACCGAACCGUCUGUGUUUCUUCUGCUGCUCUCCAGGCAGCUCGCAGCGUUCAUGUAAGCCGGUGAGGCGGUCCGGUGCCCGCAGAGCAGCAGCCAUGCAGGCGGUACCGCUGCAGUAUGACUUCUUCAGCGAGGACAACGCUCCGAAAUGGCGAGGCCUGCUGGUUCCGAGCCUGCACAAGGUACUGCACCAGGUGCAUCCAAACCUGGUGUCCCAGCAGGAGGCGCUGCAGUACAUAGAGGAGCUGAUCCUACUGCUGCUGAGCAUGUUGUGUCAGGCUCAGCCACGCAGCGUGCAGGAUGUGGAGGAGCGAGUUCAGAAGAGUUUCCCUCAUCCCAUUGACAAGUGGGCGAUCGCCGAUGCUCAGGCUGCCAUUGAGAAGAGGAAGAGGAGGAACCCGCUGUCUUUGCCCGUUGACAAAAUACACCCACUGCUUAAGGAAGUGCUGGGCUAUAAGAUCGAUCAUCAGGUGUCGGUGUACAUGGUGGCUGUGCUGGAGUACAUCUCUGCAGACAUUUUGAAGCUUGCUGGAAACUAUGUGAGGAACAUUCGCCACUAUGAAAUCUCGCAGCAGGACAUCACUGUGGCCAUGUGCGCCGACAAGGUGCUGAUGGACAUGUUUCACCAGGACGAGGAAGACAUCAGCGGCUUCCCUCUGAUGGACGAGGAGCCGUCGGCCAGUGAGGAGCAAAGCUACUACGAGCUGGUGAGGAGCUUCAUGGCCGAUGGCCGACAGUUCCUGAGACAGCUCAACCUGCUGAUCAAGGUGUUCAGGGAGCCGUUUGCCUCUAACGCCAUGCUGUUCUCCCAACAUGAUGUGGACAGUAUCUUCAGUCGGAUCGUAGACAUCCACGAGGUGACAGUGAAACUUUUGGGUUUGAUUGAGGACACUGUGGAGAUGACUGAUGAGGGAAGUCCACAUCCGUUGGUGGGCAGCUGCUUUGAGGACCUGGCUGAGGAGCUGGCCUUUGACCCCUAUGAGACAUACACUCAAGAUGUCCUGCGUUCUGGUUUCCAUGAACAUUUUUUGGGUCAAGUCUCCAAACCAGGUGCAGCCUUCCACUUGCAGUCCAUAUGUGAAGGUUUUAAGGAGGCCGUCCAGUACGUGUUGCCCAGACUGCUACUCAAUCCAGUCUACCACUGUCUUCACCUGUUUGAGAUCCUCAAGCAACUGGAGGAGAAAAGUGAGGAUGAGGAGGAUAAGGAGUGCCUAAAGCAGGCCAUCACAGCGCUGCUCAACUUGCAGAGUAGCAUAGAGAGGAUCUGCUCCAAGAGCCUGGCCAAGAGGAGGCUGAGUGAGUCAGCGUGCCGUUUCUACAGCCAUCAGAUGAAGGGAAGCACCUCGUCAUCAAGGAAGAUGAAUGAGAUCCAGAAGAACAUUGACGGCUGGGAGGGGAAGGACAUCGGUCAGUGCUGCAAUGAGUUCAUUAUGGAGGGAACGCUGACCCGUGUGGGUGCCAAACACGAGCGCCACAUCUUCCUGUUUGAUGGCCUGAUGAUCUGCUGUAAGUCCAACCAUGGUCCACCAAGGCUGCCGGGAGCCAGCUCCACUGCUGAGUAUCGCCUGAAAGAGAAGUUCUUCAUGCGCAAAGUCCAGAUCAACGAUAAAGAUGAUAAGGAGGGUGAAUACCGGCACGCAUUUGAGAUCAUCUUGAAAGAUGGCAACAGUGUGGUGUUUGCAGCCAAGUCGGCAGAGGAGAAGAAUGGCUGGAUGGCAGCGUUGAUCUCGCUGCAGUACCGCAGCACCCUGGAACGCAUGCUGGACUCGGCCAUGCUGCAGGAGGAAAAGGAGGAGCAGAUGAAGCUGCCUGGGCCAGAAGUCUACCGCUUUGCCGAGCCGACUCGGAGCAAAACGUGGGUGUUUGAAGAGAAUGUCCAGUCCAGGUUGGGAAUCCCCAUCAUAAAGGCAGGGACGGUGCUGAAACUGAUCGAGAGGCUGACAUUCCACAUGUACGCAGAUCCAAACUUUGUCCGAACAUUUCUGACCACCUACCGCUCGUUCUGCAAGCCACAGGAGCUGCUGGACCUCCUCAUGGAGAGGUUUGAUAUCCCAGAGCCAAGACCAAAUGAAGCCUGUCAGAUGGAGGGUGGAGAGCAGCCACUCAGCGCUGAGCUCAAACGCUUCCGCAAAGAGUUUGUUCAACCUGUUCAGCUGAGAGUCCUGAACGUGUGUCGUCAUUGGGUGGAGCAUCAUUUCUAUGACUUUGAGAGAGAUGCCCUCCUGCUGAGACGCUUGGAAGAGUUUAUAGCUUCAGUCAGAGGGAAGGCCAUGAGGAAGUGGGUGGAGUCCAUCACAAAGAUCAUUCAGAGAAAGAAGCAGGUCCAGGCCAGCAUGCCAAGCCACAGCAUCACCUUCCAGAACUCGCCUCCACCCAUUGAAUGGCACAUUUGCAAGCCCGGGAACUCAGACCAGUUUGACCUUAUGACCCUUCACCCCAUCGAGAUCGCCAGACAACUCACUCUGCUGGAGUCCGACUUCUACCGGGCUGUGCAGCCGUCUGAAUUGGUGGGUAGCGUCUGGACCAAAGAAGAUAAAGAGAUUCACUCACCCAACCUGCUGAGAAUGAUCAGACAUACCACCAACCUCACCCUAUGGUUUGAAAAGUGUAUUGUGGAGACAGAGAACCUGGAAGAAAGAGUUGCUGUUGUCGCUCGUAUCAUUGAGAUCCUGCAGGUAUUUCAGGAACUCAACAACUUCAACGGGGUUCUAGAGGUCGUCAGUGCCAUGAACUCAUCACCAGUUUACAGGCUGGACCACACCUUUGAGCAAAUUCCAAGUCGACAGCGUAAAAUUGAAGAAGCUCACGAGCUGAGUGAAGAUCACUACAAGAAGUACCUAACCAAACUUCGCUCCAUAAAUCCUCCAUGUGUUCCUUUUUUUGGUAUUCUACUGACAAAUAUCCUGAAGACAAGAAGAGGGAAACCCAGACUUUCUGCGGAGACUAGACAAGAUCUGAUCAACUUCAGCAAGAGAAGAAAAUUAGCAGAGAACGGAGAAAUCCAGCAGUACCAGAACCAGCCGUACUGCCUGCGGGUGGAGAGCGACAUCAGGAAGUUCUUUGAGAACCUGAAUCCCAUGGACAACAUGUCGGAGAAGGAUUUUGCUGAUCACCUCUUCAACAAGUCGCUGGAAAUUGAACCUCGUAAUGCCAAGUCCUUACCUCGAUUUGGUAAGCGGUACACCUGUUCUCUGAAGUCUCCAGGCAUCCGUCCUUCAUCAGCAAGGACGGGCACCAUGCGUCACCCGACGCCGCUGCAGAAUGAGCCCAGGAAGAUCAGCUACAGCCGCAUCCCAGACAACGAGGCAGAGGGGGGUGCCGUCUCUGCCCCAAACUCUCCUCGCACACCCCUCACCCCGCCCCCAGCCUCUGCAGCCUCCAGCUCCACAGAUGUCGGCAGUGUGUUUGACUCCCCGCAGGGUCCUGGCAGCCCCUUCCACUCCACCUGUGACAGUAUCUUCGCUGUGGUUUCUCUGCCUCAUGGCCCUCGGUCGUCCUCUGUGUCGUCCAUGGUGACUUUCAGUCGAAGUUCAGAGGACACCCCAAUCCCCCCUCCUGUGCCCCCCCGAAGACGACCAGAAUCGGCACCAGCAGAAUCUUCGCCAAGCAAGAUGACGUCAAAGCUGGAUAGCCCCCCCGCCGUUCCUCCCCGUCAGCCCACCUGUAAACUCCUCCCACCUCGUUAUACUUCCUCACUAUCUUCUUUGUCUCCUCCGGACAGUCCUCCGUCUCUGCCCCCGCGUGAACCACUUGGCUCCCCGCUGCACCUCCUCCCACCGCCGCAGGGCCGGCCCUGCUGCGACCUCCUAUCCCAGGCCUUCUUUCCGUCUACUAUCAACUCCAGCGUUACCACCUCUUCUUCUCCCCCUCCUCCCCUGGAGGCUGUUGUCCCGAGCCCUUCCCCAGGCUCACGGAAGAUGCCCGUGCCUUCCCCGCCACUCCCCCUCCUGCCUUCAGAUGGGCCUCCUGUUCCUCCCCGCCCUGGAGUCCCCAGACUGCCUCCUAAAACUUACAAGAGGGCGUCGCUAAGCCAGGCCCCCUUGUUGGACACACCCCCAGUGCUGGAUCAGAAUGAGACAAAAUAAUGAGCUUUAUACUUUGAUAGAUCAGCCAGGACAUCUGCGCCCAGUGAGGAUGGAGAGAAGAACAUCUGAUUCAACAAACUGGUUUCUCAAUCUGUGAAGUGGGAUCUGACUGGUCGUGAAGGAUGAAUCCAAGCUGUGGUGGGUGAGAGACUGCUGUCGACUGAACUUUGAGCAGGUGCCAGUAGGCUUCAGGUACCCGGCCACAACCAAAGAGGUACUUUAUUCAGAUGGACAUGUUGAUUGUUGUGCUCACAAGAACCGAACCAGAUAAGGGAAUAAAACUAUUUGUACUCUGAA